UAUAUCAAGUGGAAAUGGAAGAGAAGAUGGGUUCUUCUUCUUCAGCCCCUUUAUCAAAUCACAAGAACACCUCGUGGGUUUCUCGCCUGAAGAAGAGUUGCUUAUCUUUAGCAGCUUCCAUUCAGGAAAGCUUUCGAUACGUAAAAGCAUUUUUUGUUGGUCAGGCAAAGACUAUUACUGCAAGAAAUGAGAAGGAAGCAAGUGUAGCUGAACUUGAGGCUACCAAGAUGCAGGUUGAGGCUGCUGAUGCUGCCGAAGAUAUCAAGAACAGACUCAAUAAAUCCGCGUAA